GCAAAUAGAUGCGGAACAGGGAGAAGGAGAGGGGGCGGUAGUCUGCUGCCCUUCACGGUCAUUUCGGCACAAUUCUAUAAAAUCGUCAUCAUUUCGUAUUAUUGCAUCGGUUGCAUCGGAAUUUAAGUAUAAACCGCGAACAUGGCACAGCCAGAUACCAAGAAGAUAUUCUUUGAGAACCUCUCUGGAGCUGGAAAAGCCAUCGCCGUGCUGACUAGCGGAGGGGAUGCUCAAGGGAUGAAUGCAGCUGUGCGUGCUGUGGUUCGAAUGGGCACAUACGUAGGAGCAAAGGUUUAUUUCAUUCGUGAGGGCUAUCAAGGUAUGGUGGAUGGUGGGGAGAAUAUAAUCGAGGCCACAUGGGAAAGUGUGUCCAGCAUGCUUCAAGUGGGCGGGACGGUUAUCGGCAGUGCCCGCUGCAAAGACUUCCGCACCCAUGAAGGACGCCUGAAGGCUGCUCUUAACUUGGUAAAGCUCGGCAUCACCAACCUGUGUGUGAUUGGUGGAGAUGGCAGCCUGACGGGAGCCAACCUCUUCAGGGAGGAAUGGAGUGGACUGCUAGCGGAACUAGUAGAGCAAGGUUCUAUCGAACGCCAGUCUGUUGAGACUUACUCUGCCCUUCACAUUGUCGGCAUGGUGGGCUCCAUUGAUAACGACUUCUGUGGAACCGAUAUGACAAUAGGCACAGAUUCCGCUCUGCACCGAAUCAUCGAGGUGGUGGAUGCAAUUAUGACAACGGCACAGAGUCACCAGAGGACAUUUGUUUUAGAAGUAAUGGGCAGACACUGCGGCUACCUGGCCUUGGUUAGUGCCCUGGCUUGUGGGGCAGACUGGGUGUUAAUCCCUGAGAUGCCCCCGGAAGAUGGCUGGGAAGAGAAGAUGUGUCAAAAACUGUCCGCGAAUCGUGCAGGGAUGAAAAGGCUGAAUAUCAUAAUAGUGGCCGAAGGGGCGAUUGACCGUAACAACAAGGCAAUUACUACUGACUGUAUUAAGGAUCUUGUUGUCAAAUGUUUGGGUUUUGACACACGAGUGACAAUCCUGGGUCACGUGCAGCGAGGAGGGACCCCUUCUGCGUUUGAUCGUAUCCUGGCCAGCCGAAUGGGCGUGGAGGCUGUUCUCGCCCUGCUGGAGACCACAGCCAAUACGCCAGCGUGUGUUGUGUCUCUGAGCGGUAACCAAUCAGUGCGCUUGCCUCUGAUGGAAUGUGUACAGAUGACUCAAGAGGUGCAAAAGGCAAUGGAUGAAAAAAAGUUUGAAGAAGCAGUUAAGCUUCGUGGCAGGAGUUUUGAGAACAACCUGAAGACGUACAAACUGCUUGCUCAUCGUAAACCAGAGUCUGAACUGCCCGUUAGCAAUUUUAAUGUGGCGGUGUUGAAUGUGGGCGCACCCGCGGCGGGAAUGAAUGCGGCCGUCCGGUCAGCUGUCAGGGUGGGCAUCUCGGAGGGGCAUAAAAUGUUUGCCGUCAGUGAUGGCUUUGAGGGCUUCUACAAAGGCCAGAUUAAGGAGAUUAAAUGGGCUGAUGUUGGAGGAUGGACAGGACAGGGAGGAUCUCUUUUGGGAACAAAAAGAACACUCCCUGCAAAGCAUGUUGGCAAAAUUGCUGAGCAGAUGCGAACUCACAACAUAAAUGCACUGCUGGUCAUUGGUGGAUUUGAGGCCUUCCUGUCGCUGCUGGAGUUGUUAACGGCACGCGGGAAGUAUGAGGAGUUCUGUGUGCCCAUGAUCAUGGUCCCGGCCACGGUCUCCAACAAUAUACCAGGCUCAGACCUCAGCAUUGGAGCUGACACAGCUCUGAAUGCCAUUACGACUGCGCUUGAGAGUCUGCUGCAGCUGUAUGAGGCACGCGCUACCUAUGAGGAGUUUUGCAUCCCGAUGUGUAUGCUGCCUGCCACCAUAAGUAACAAUGUACCGGGUACUGAUCUAAGUAUUGGCGCCGACACGGCCCUCAAUGCCAUCGUGGAGACUUGCGACCGCAUCAAGCAGUCCGCCAGCGGGACAAAGAGGCGUGUGUUCAUCAUCGAGACCAUGGGGGGCUACUGUGGCUACUUGGCUACCGUGGCAGGUCUCGCUGCUGGUGCGGACGCCGCAUACAUCUACGAGGAGCCCUUUGACAUCAGGGACCUGCAGGCCAAUGUUGAACACUUGACAGAAAAAAUGAAGACAAGCAUUCAGCGAGGCCUCGUGCUCAGAAAUGAGAACUCUAAUGAAAACUACACCACAGACUUCAUCUACCAGCUGUAUAGUGAAGAAGGGAAAGGUGUGUUUGACUGCAGGAAGAAUGUGCUGGGACACAUGCAGCAGGGAGGAGCUCCGUCUCCGUUUGAUCGAAACUUUGGGACCAAGAUUUCUGCCAAGGCGAUGCAGUGGGUCACCAAAAAGCUGGUGGAGACAUUCAGACAAGGCAGAGUGUUUGCUAACACUGAGGACAGUUGCUGCUUGCUAGGAAUGCGCCGCAGAGCGCUGGUCUUCCAGCCAGUGGUACAGCUCAAGGGGGAGACGGACUUUGUUCACAGAAUUCCCAAGGAGCAGUGGUGGUUGAAACUUCGUCCUCUGAUGAAGAUCCUCGCCAAGUACAAGACCAGCUACGACGUCUCGGACUCCGGGCAGCUGGAACACGUCGUGCACCACCUGCCCAAAGACUCGGACGCCUCUGUGGCCAUGUGAAGAUAUCCGGUCGCCCGCAAAUUCCAAGCCUGUGUGUUAACUGAGGUGUGAAUUCCAUUGUCUAAACGCACCAGUAAGACCUUUACCUUCAAGGCAUCCAUCCCGAUGUGGACGUAGUCAUUGAUCUGUACGCUAACCUCAGAUUUGUUCCUCGUGACAUCCGCACAUAUAUUGUAUCGUCUUGCACACACACACACACACACACACACACACACACACACACACACACACACACACACACACACACGCGCAUACUAACGACGUUUCAACACAUGUUCAGGAUGUUUAUCAAUGUCAUGUUGAUUUUGAAAUUUUGCACUUUCCCUGUCUCGAGUUAACGGAGGCAGGCUCUGAGGCUAGCGCUAGUACAUUGCUCCAAAAACAGAUAUACUACUCAUAAAAGGUUAUUUAAGAUUUACCCAAAAAUGCAUUAGAGCUUUUACAGGUAAAAAUAAAUUGAGUCAUAAAAGUAGACGUCCUUAGAAAUCCUCAUGGCUCAAGCAACUUUUUUCAAAUUUGACAAAUUUAAAUUAAAUUCAGAGUUGUAGUAUAUUUGAGGUUUAUCCUGAAAUAUCAUCCCAAAUAUAUCGUCAAUUUUUCUUGUCUUUAUCAUGCAACAAAUGUGAGGCUCUACAUGCAUGUGAGAUGCAACACAGCUAACAAAGAGGAGCGUGCGCUAGGCUUUACACUGAGAUCUAAUAUUUAUCUUUUUAACAGAUUAUUUUGUGUCAACAUGGUUAUAACUGUAGGCACUGCUGUGGCUGUCUGACAUUGCACAAACAUGUUAAAUGUGAAUAAAAAUUAAGUUGACAUACCCCA